AUGGAAAGAUUGCAGAGAUUAUUAGGCCAAGGGGGUACGUUAGUCGGAGCUGCGCCGCCUCAGACAGAUGGACCGGCAAUUGAUAAUUCCGAGACAGUGUACAUAUCCUCAUUAGCUUUGCUCAAGAUGUUGAAACAUGGACGAGCUGGAGUGCCAAUGGAAGUCAUGGGGUUGAUGUUGGGAGAAUUUGUCGAUGAUUUCACUAUACACGUGCAUGAUGUCUUUGCUAUGCCCCAAUCAGGAACUGGAGUCUCGGUUGAGGCUGUGGAUGACGUUUUCCAAACCAAGAUGAUGGACAUGCUUAGACAAACAGGAAGAGACCAAAUGGUUGUUGGAUGGUACCACUCGCACCCUGGUUUUGGAUGCUGGUUAUCGUCUGUUGAUGUAAACACUCAGCAGUCGUUUGAGCAGUUGAACAAGAGAGCAGUGGCAGUUGUCAUUGAUCCCAUCCAAUCUGUGAAAGGGAAAGUUGUCAUUGAUGCUUUCAGAACCAUUGAUACCACUACAUUGAUGAUGGGCCAGGAACCUCGUCAGUCGACUUCAAAUGUCGGGCAUUUGAACAAGCCUUCGAUCCAAGCAUUGAUCCACGGGUUGAACCGCCACUACUAUUCGUUGAACAUCGAUUAUCACAAGACAUCCAAUGAAACCAACAUGCUUUUGAACUUGCACAAGAAGAACUGGCAAUCGGGAUUGAAUUUGGCAGACUACAACCACAAAGAGAUUGAAAACUUGGAGAGCACGGAGAAGAUGGUCAGUAUAGCCAAAUUGUACAAUCAAAGAGUAUCCGAGGAGAAAGAAUUGACUGAGGAUCAAUUAAAAACGAGGUACGUCGGUAACCAGGAUCCAAAGAAGCAUUUAUCGGACACUGCUGAGAAACUCAUCGAUGAUAACAUCAAAACACUAUUAACAGGUGGGGUUGACUCUCUAGCUAUACGAUAA